CUGUCUGCAAUGGGAGUGGUUGCUGGUGAACGCCGGGUGGGGAAGAUUUUGAGAACAACUCAUUGUCCCUAUCACGAAAUGCGCAAACGUGGUGCACGUAACCUUAACCCCGUCCCCUACAGUGCUGCAUACAUGGGACACAAAAUCCACAUCGACCAGAAUGAAAAAUUGGUCAUGUUUGGAGUGACACAUGUUCUCGCAAUAGAUGGGUACAGCAGUAAGGUCGUUGCCCACGCAACCAUGCCAGUCAAGAAUAAUCUCACGAUAUAUGAAGAAGUUUACAGAUCAGCAGUUCUUGAAUAUGGGAUGUGGGACCAGGUCAGGGUGGACCAUGGCCGGGAAUUUUACUUGUCCCUCUACAUGCAGGAGAUGCUGUCUAACCACAGACACAACUUGCAAAGGCAACCAUAUUGCCAAACUCAGUCAACAAAGAAUCAUACGGUAGAGCGAAUGUGGGUAGAGAUAAAUAACCGGGUAAAUUACCCAGUGAAGGAGGCCCUCAUACAGCUGCAGGAUCAGGAAGUCCUCAACAUGGAUGACAACGUGACUAGAUACUGUACAUCUAACCUUACUGCUGAGCUUUGCAAGAUUGGCAUAACAAGAGCUGUACAUGCAUGGAAUGCACACAGAAUCCCAGGCAAAGGAACACCCAAUUGUUCGGCAGCAGGAGGAUGUCCAAAAAAACUGGGAGAGGAGUUGUUGCCCCAUGCCUCCCAAGCAGCAGACAUGUACCAGCAGGAUGUUGGCUCUUCACUGACUAGAGUCUCCUGCUUUGGAACUGACCCCUUCUCAACUGAGGAGGACAAAAUAUCAGCAGAACAACUUUUUGCUGUAGAGUACCCUGAUAUUUCAGUUUUAUUAGAUAAUGUGGUAAACUAUAACUUUGUACCUUUUCAAGAUGCAUUGCUGUAUCUGAUAAACAUUACGCAGCAAUAUGCAUGAAUAUGUCAAAUAAAGACAAGUUGGUUCUGGAUAUACUGUAUAUUUUGUCACUUUCCUUUAACAAAUAAAAUCAAACACUUGCUAAAAUUGCAACAAUAGCAAUGUUAAACAUUACACAAUAUUUGUCUUAAGUGCAACAUGAAAUACAAAAAAUGUAUAAAAAUAAAACUAUUCUGUAUCCUCUA